GGAGCGUGUGGUUUUGUUUAUUGUUUAAUUUGAAACGUGUUGCAAGUUUCACAGAAACUUAAUUUUAAUUAAGUGAUUAUCAAAGAAGUUCACAUGAUUAAUGUAUACUACUUAUGCUAGGGCGCGUGGAAUUGUUACCCAUACAAAAAUUAUAUAAUAAUUAUAGAACUUACUUGUGAAAAUGAAGUUUAACUACAAAUUCAGUAAUUUGUUGGGAACCGUUUAUCGAAAAGGCAAUAUUUUAUUUACUCAAGAUGGAAACUCCGUCAUUAGCCCCGUCGGGAACAGAAUCACUAUUUACGAUCUCAAACACAAUAAAAGUAACACUCUGCCAGUGGAAAGUCAAUUUAAUUACACUGCCAUAGAUGUGUCUCCAAACGGUUCCGUUUUAUUGGCUGUAAAUGAGAAGGGCGAGGCCCAGAUGAUUAGUUUGCUGACUUGCACCGUGGUGCAUAGAUAUAAAUUCAGGCAACAAGUUAAUGCAGUUAAGUUUAGUCCUGACGGCAAGUACUUCGCAGCGUGUUGUGAUGAUACAGUAUUCAUAAUGACGGCGCCGAGCAGUUUCACGGGUGAAUAUCGUUCCUUCGUCAUGAAACGAGUUUUUAAGAAGUCCAACGAUGAAGUUACAUGCCUGGAUUGGUCCACAUGCUCGAAACUACUUGCAGUGGGCUCCAAAGACACUACAACAAAAAUCUAUACAGUGGAUUAUUUGGACAACAUCAGUAUGUACUCGUUAAGCGGUCACACGGACAAGAUUGUUGGUGUUUUCUUUGAAAGGAAAAGUUUGGAUCUAUUGACAGUCAGCAGAAAUGGUCAGGUGUGCAUGUGGGAAGCCAGCAUAGACUCGGACGACCUGGUGACGUCAGCCGUGCAGAUCUCGAGGCGGAAGCGGAGGAAGCUGCAGAUGGACGAGAGUGAUGACGAUAUUGAUGAAAAGAACGUUAUUGAGAAGGAUAAGGAAUAUGAAAGCGAAGAGGAAGUUCCAGAAGAGGCCAAACCCAAAUUAGAAGAUGAGAAACGUUUGCUAUACAAGAAGCUAGGGCGGCAUUACAUCGGCGACGCGAUCAGAAACGCCCACCAUAAGGUCAAGCUGACCGCCGCUCACUAUCACAAGAAUACCAAGAUGUUGGUCACUGGUUUCUCAAACGGCAUAUUCUUCCUCCACGAGAUGCCGGAUGUGAACCUAGUGCACACGCUGAGCAUAUCGCAACACAGGAUCAGCAGUAUAGCGAUAUCGUGUCCCGGGGAUUGGAUCGCGUUCGGGUGUUUGGACAUUGGCCAGCUGCUGGUCUGGGAGUGGCAGAGCGAACAAUACGUAAUGAAACAGCAGGGUCAUUCCCUCGACAUGACCUGCCUGGCGUAUUCACCCGACGGCCUCUACAUAGUCACAGGCGGUCACGACGGAAAAGUGAAAGUGUGGAACACCACGAGCGGUUUCUGCUUCGUGACGUUCAGCGAACAUUCCGCAGCCGUCACUAGUCUAGUUUUCAGUCAGACCAAGAAGUUCUUCGUGUCUUCGUCGCUAGAUGGCACUGUUAGGUGUUACGACCUCACAAGAUACCGCAACUUCCGAACGCUGACGUCGCCGAGCCUGGUGCAGUUCAGCUGCGCGGCGCUCGACGGCAGCGGCGAGCUGUGCGCGGCGGGCGGCCAGGACGUCUUCUCCGUCUACCUGUGGGCCGUAAAGUUCGGCAAGCUCUUGGAUGUACUAGGCGGCCACGAAGCCCCCGUGUCUUGCGUCUCGUUCAGUCCGACACUGGCAAGCUCCCGCCUCGUGUCUUGCAGUUGGGACAAAACUGUGAAGCUGUGGAACUGCAUAGAGAAUAGUGCGGAAUGCGAGACCAUUCAGCUGAAUUCGGACGGUCUCCAAGUCGUAUUCAGACCGGACGGGGAAGAGAUAGCGGUAUCGACGUUGGACGGCAACAUAAGUUUCUUCAACACGACGACUUGUGAGCAAACGUCCAGUAUUGAGGGCCGCAACGAUUUGGGGUCCGGGAAGGCGGAUACCGAUCUAGUUUCGGCUAAGAAGUUGCUUAACACCAAAGCGUUCACGACUAUAUGUUACUCGGCCGACGGUACUUGCAUAUUGGGCGGCGGCAACUCUAAGAACGUGUGUCUCUACAGCGUGAGAGAAUCUAUAUUGAUCAAGAAGUUCGUCAUCACGCAGAAUAGGUCUUUGGAUGCUGUUAAUGACUUCACAAAUCGUCGCCUGCUAACCGAAUUCGGCAACAUGGCGCUGAUAGAGGAGCGCACGGAGCUGGAGGGCGGCGACGUGCGCCUGCGCCUGCCCGGCGUGCGGCGCGGGGACGCGGCCGACCGGCAGAUCAAGCCGGAGGUACGCGUGUACUGCAUAAGAUUCUCCCCGACGGGCGAGAGUUUUGCCGUAGCGGGAACCGAGGGAUUGUUACUGUAUAGUCAAAAUGCUGGUAUAGAUGGCACUUUCAGGCCAUAUCGUUUAGAAGAAGGUUCAACGCCGCACGCAGUAAGACAACUGCUGAUACAACAGAAUUGGGGUAGAGCGUUGGUUGCGGCGUUACAGCUGAACGAACAGACAAUCAUACAGCAGUGUGUGGAGUCUACGCCGCCGGGGGAUAUCGACCUAACAGUUUCGAGUCUGGACGCGGACUACGCUGAUCGUUUGCUCAACACGCUCGCUCGCUUGCUGGAGGACAGCCGCCAUCUUGAACAUCUACUGUUGUGGAUGCGAGCGAUAAUUUCCGGAAAACGAGGCAAAUUCCCGCCAAGUGUACUAUUGGCUGCUGAGAAAGUGCUAACGGUUAAAUAUUCGCAAUUGAGUAAGAUAUGUGAUUUCAACAAAUACACAAUCAAAUGUAUAAAGUCGGUCGGAGAUAUGGUACCCAAACAGGAGUUGGAACCCAUGGAUACCAGCGAUAAUGAAUCUAGUGGCCGCGGGACGGGGUCCGAUACAGAUUAAGUUGUUUAAAUGUUAAUAGUGAUU